CUGGCUCAGGCUGGAGACUUUUGCGCGCGUCUCCACCGGGCCAACGGACCGGAACAUCUCCGUGCGUACUUUCCUUCCUCUGUUUCACGGUGCCAACGGUCAGCAUUUCUGUGCGCGUCCACGAUGGAGCCGGGCAGCAGCGUCCCGCCGGACUUCAGGGAUAUAGAGACAAAGUUGGGUCGGAAAGUUCCCGACAGCCUCGUUCGGUCUCUCGCGGACGGAAAACAGUCGACAGCGGCUCAUCUGUCGGCGUGUAAAUGUUGCACCAGUUCGGCGGAUUUGCAAAGACUGGAGAGCAAAAUGCUCAUUCUGAGGCAAGAAAUGGCGAAUCUGAGGGCCAUCGACGUGAAGCUGAUGCAGCAGCUCAUGUCCAUCAACGAGGGCAUCGAGUCCAUCCGCUGGGUGAUGGAAGACAAAGGGGGCAUCGCCAGCCAGGAGGGCAGCCUGGCGGGCAGCCUGUACAGCCUGUCGGACAGCCAGGACGGCGCCUCCCUGCGGGGCAGCUUCCACAGCCUGAGCGACGGGAACAGCGACGGCCUGGACAGUCUGUCCGUGGGCAGCUACCUGGACACUCUAGCAGAGGACCUCCCGGACUCCCCGUCGCCCACGGACGCUGACUGUUUCGUGGAUAAGUCUGUAAUUGACAGUGACGGCUUCACCAAAUCCCCUCUGAAAGUCCGAGUGGAACCGGGUGAAUAUCUCUGCUUUGGAUAA